AUGGAGAAAGAAGGAGGACUGCUUGAAGCUAGGGUUGUGAACCGGUCACUUCCUUCGGAGGAGGAGAUGGAGGAAGCAUCAAGGAGAAUCACUCUGGCAAUCUUGGAUCCUAAGGAAACUACUAACGCAGAAUCCUAUAAGGGACCCACCAGGGUCUCUUUGGAGGAAGCCGCGACAGAGAAGCAGCCUGAAGUAGCUGAAGAGAAGAAGAAGAAGAUGAUGAUCAAAGAGAAGAGGGCUGAAGGAGAUGAGGAAGCUCAUCCAAUCAAGAAGAAGGAAAGGAGGACAAAUGAGAAGAAGGAAUGCAGGCGGAAGGAGAGGCGCCUGAAGAAGGAGGAAGAAAGGAGAAAAAUGGCUGAGAGCCCAGAACUGGAUGGAGAAUCCACCUCCGUAAAGAGGGAUAAGGGGGAUUCAGCACAACUGAAGAAUGAGCGCAACCUGAAACAUCGCAAACGGUUGCGACUGGCGAAUGAGAAUGCGCCGCUAGGGUCAACAAUUGACCCACCGAUUUUGAUAGAUGUGUUAGAAGAGCAGGAGAGGAGAAGAAAGGAGGAGGAAAAGAAGCAAGAGAAAAUGUUGUGA